GGCACGAAUGAACAAGGCGACAAAAAAGAAAAAAAGACAUGUUGUUGACACGAGAGAAAUAAUUGUCGGGCUUUGCAAGUUAAAACAGGCCCAUUCAAAGAAACCAGUAAGACCCAACUACGACCAGAAGAAAGAAAAAAAUCAGCCUGUUGAGUUGACAAAUCGUUUUAGUCGCCUACUUACAAUCAUUUGAAUUCUAGAAGAAUCAUAAAAAAAAUAAAGACAUUGAGUGGCACGCACGUUCCACUUCUCUAUCACAAAAACGUGAGAGAGACAAACAACAUUACAAAACAUGAGAGCUUCUUGGUCGCCGAUCAUAUCCGAGUAGUUAGGAGUUUUGAAUGGUUGUUUGUCUGAAAUAAUGGGUUGUAUUUGCGCUACCGCGCGUUCUCCAAACGCCGCCGUUGCCAACACUGACCUAUUGGAUUCAAGCAAAUCCAUCCUUCAACUUCUCCCUCCUCCUUCGUCCUCUUCAUCUAAAACGGAAGGAUCUUUCACACGUCCAAACUCUUCAGCUUCCAUCACCGUCGUGGCUAAUGGUUAUCCAGUGGCGCGCCGUCCCUCCACCUCAUCUGAUCGAAACAGCAAUAACCCAGUAGUUAUUGUCGGAGCUCCAACCAGGAGAGUUACGGCUAUGCCGGUGGGGCAGCCUAAGCAGAAGUCAGAGAGUUUGACUCUGGAUAAAGCAGAAUCCACUAGCGGAGAAUGGCCAUCUUGGUUGGCUUCUGUCGCCGGAGAAGCCAUCAAGGGAUGGACCCCUCGCUCCGCAGAUUCCUAUGAGAAGUUAGACAAAAUUGGACAGGGGACAUACAGCAGCGUGUACAAAGCCAGAGACCUUGAAACAGGAAAGAUUGUGGCGAUGAAGAAGGUUCGGUUUGUUAACAUGGAUCCAGAGAGUGUUCGGUUUAUGGCCAGGGAGAUUCUCAUUCUUCGUAAGCUUGACCAUCCUAAUGUCAUGAAGCUUGAAGGUCUAGUCACCUCUAGACUCUCAGGUAGUCUCUACCUUGUCUUUGAGUACAUGGAACACGACCUCGCUGGUCUAGCCGCAACUCCUGGAAUCAAAUUCUCUGAAACUCAGAUCAAAUGUUAUAUGCAACAGCUGUUUCGUGGUCUUGAACAUUGCCACAGACGAGGAAUCCUCCACCGUGAUAUCAAGGGAUCUAAUCUCUUGAUUAAUAACGAAGGUGUUCUGAAGAUUGGUGACUUCGGUUUGGCUAAUUUUUACCGGGGUGAUGGAGAUCUCCAGCUGACAAGUCGCGUUGUAACAUUAUGGUACAGAGCGCCUGAGCUGCUGCUUGGUGCAACUGAGUAUGGACCAGCCAUAGACCUCUGGAGUGCCGGUUGCAUUCUCACUGAGCUCUUUGCUGGAAAGCCUAUCAUGCCAGGACGCACAGAAGUGGAGCAGAUGCACAAGAUCUUUAAGCUAUGUGGUUCACCCUCAGAAGAUUACUGGAGAAGAGAAACUCUACCACUUGCAACAAGCUUUAAACCAAGUCACCCUUACAAGGCUGUUCUUGGUGAGACCUUCGGUCAUUUCCCUGCAUCAGCUCUGGCACUUAUAAACAAGCUACUAGCAAUAGAACCUGAGAAACGUGGAUCAGCUGCUUCUGCAUUGAGGAGCGAGUUCUUCACCACGGAGCCACUCCCUGCUAAUCCAUCAAGCUUACCUAGAUAUCCACCAAGCAAGGAACUUGAUGCUAAGCUUCGCAAUGAAGAAGCAAGAAAAGUAAGGGCAGAGGAUAAAAAGAGAAGAGGGGGAGAGACAGUGACAAGAGGACGGCCAAAGGAUCUUAAAACUGCGCAGACACCUGAGUUUAUGGUCGCAGGGCAGUCCAAGGUCACAUGCAUAAGCCAUAAGUUCAAAACAGACGAGGAAGGCGGCACAGGGUUUAGGAUUGAACCACCUAGAAAAGGGAUCCAACAGAACGGCUACGCUCAUGCUUCUACAGUGGUUCACCCAAGUGUUGCUGAUACGGAAUGGAACAGAGGAGGAAGCAUCAAAAGGGAAACCAAUGCAGAGCUGAAGUCAAGGGUAACACAAACAGGAGACUUGCCUGGUGAUUCUUGUAGGAGAAGUUCCAGCAGAGAUUACUCAACCGGAAACGCACCAAGGAAAAACAGGAUUCAUUACUCAGGACCAUUGAUGCCUCCUGGUGGAAAUCUUGAUGAAAUGCUCAAAGAACACGAGAAGCAGAUCCAACAAGCUGUCCGCAAAGCUCGUGUCGAAAAGUCAGGGCAACAGCAGCGUUACACAGGAAGAAAUGCUCGGUAGCUAAAAGAGAGAGUGAGAGAAAGAGAGAACAAGAAGAAAAAUUAAAAUACAUAGCAACAUGUUUUGAGGUUUCAUCAAAGCCAUAGAAACUCAUUAAGGGUUUUUGUUUUGGGCUCUUCAGUGCGUGAAGCCAGGGGUUGAUGCAAUGUAUAGACAAGUUUAUUUUUCUUAGGCCAACGAGAUUGACCACACAAAAUGUCAAACUUCCUUUUGUACAUAUACACACAAGGUUUCGGUUGACUUGAGAGUCAAGCAAACAUGUGUUUGCAAGCAAAACCAAAAUAACUCAAAGAAAUGUGCUACUCAAUUUUGAAAUAGUAUUUCUAAGUGACAACAAUUCCGCAUAUCAUGCUAAAGCUACACGCAGCUCUGAUUUUACUCUUCAAGCUGAUCUUUUCUCCACAACAAGCUGAAUUCUGGAAAAAUAUUAAAAUUUAUGCAUUAAGAUUUAUUUAUCUGUUUUACAUGUUAAAAAUCAUAUCGCAAAAAGCAUAAAGUAAAAAAUUAAAAAUCCAUGAUCAAUUACUACAAAUAAAUACUGUAAGAUAGUACUUAAACAUGUCUCAUGUUCCAAAAAUAGCACAAAAUCACAAAAAUAACCGAUUAAAAAGUAGAAAACGCGUACCCAAAUAGGGUUAAAUGAUUAGAAAUUGGUUUAAAUUUUGAGGAUGGGGGUUUAGGGACUAAGAGUUAGGUUUUAGGAUAAAAAUUGUAUUUAUUUAUUUUAAAAAAUACUUUAAAUAUAUUUAUUUAUGCUAAAUGUAUUACUUAUAAAUUCAUUAAAUUGUAAGUUUAUCUUUUCACUCUUUAAUAAAUGUUAUUUUGGUCAUUUUUGUGACAGACUAUUUUGUGAUAUUUUAGAGAUUUGCCUUUGAUAGAAUGCUAAAAUCUCAAACAAAAUUAUUGGUCAUAUUUCAGCAUUUUAAAUAUGAUUUUCUUUUAAAACAAAAAAAGUAAGUGAACAGUGAAAUUGUGUAAUAAGCUGAUUAGUUUUAUAGUUAUCUCUUAAAUUGUUAGACGAUUUGUAGACUUUUAAGUUUAAAAAAUAUUCUUCAAUUGCCUUAAUGAAUUGUGGGAACGCUGGUUUAUAGGGAUGAAUUAAGGCUGGAAACG